CUCCGCGAGACGAGCGUCACAUAGCUACAGAAGCGCGCGGCGCCACGCGCUUCGACAUGGCUUGAAAUACCGCAUUAAAGUGCUCCACUGUAGUCUUUUGCUGUUGAAAAGCCGGACUCUUAGGCUGAAUUUGAUCGACACUGAGUACCAGAGCCGAGAAGCGUCGGUUAGUGCAGGUCUCGCUCAUCUAGUGGCUUCGCUCUGUGGAGCUGCUCUUCCGGACAGCGCGCGCGAGAAGGAAAAGUAACUGCGUCUCCGCUCAUCUCACUGUAGUCGAAGAUGGAGCCACCCGCCGGGACCGGACUGAAGCUCUUGCUGUGGAUUUUAAGCCACAUCAGCAUCUCUCAGGCAGCUUCUCCAUCAUCCCAAAAAUGUGAUGAAGCUCUGGUCACACCACUCCCCCAUAAUGCCUUCACCAGCUCCUCUGUGUUCACUAGUGGCUAUGCACCUGGAUAUGCCAAGCUAAACAAAAGAGGAGGUGCUGGGGGCUGGUCUCCGCUGGACAGUGAUCAUUAUCAGUGGCUGCAGGUCGACCUGGGAAGCAGAAAACAGGUCACAGCCAUCGCCACACAGGGUCGAUAUAGCAGCUCUGAUUGGACGACACGCUACCGGCUGCUCUACAGUGACACAGGCAGGAACUGGAAACCAUACCAUCAAGAUGGCAACAUCUGGGCAUUUGCAGGUAACUCCAAUACAGAGAGUGUGGUUCGGCAUGACCUGCAAAACCCGACUGUGGCCCGUUAUUUGCGCAUCAUUCCUUUAGACUGGAGUGAAGAAGGACGGAUCGGCCUCAGGUUCGAGAUCUACGGGUGCCCGUAUUGGGCAGAUGUGAUUAAUUUUGACGGCCAGGGGGUGAUCUCUUACCGCUUCAAAAUGAAGAAGAUGAAGAUUUUGAAGGACGUGAUAGCCCUGAAGUUUAAAACAUCAGAGAGCGAAGGGGUAAUUCUGCACGGAGAGGGGCAACAGGGUGACUACAUUACCUUGGAGUUGAGGAGAGGCCGGCUACUGCUGCAGAUAAACCUCGGAAGUAAUCAGUACGGCUCCAUCCUGGGCCAUACAUCUGUGACUAGCGGCAGUCUGCUGGACGAUCAUCAUUGGCAUUCUGUAGUAAUUGAGCGCUACAGGAGAAAUGUCAAUUUCACCCUUGAUCAGCAUACUCAGCACUUCCGCACCAACGGGGAGUUUGACCACCUUGACCUGGACUAUGAGCUGACUUUUGGAGGAAUGCCUUAUUCUGGGAAGCCAGUCUCAGCAGGAAGAAGAAACUUCAAAGGCUGCAUGGAAAGCAUCAACUACAAUGGAGAGAACAUCACUGACCUGGCCAGAAGAAAAAAACUGGACACUUCUAGUUUCCGCAACCUGACGUUCUCCUGCGUGGACACACACACCUUCCCCGUCUUCUUCAACAGCACCAGCUUUCUGCAGCUGCCGGGGAGGAGGGACCACAAUAUGGUGUCUGUGGGAUUCCAGUUCCGUACCUGGAACCCCAGCGGCCUGCUCCUGUUCAGCUCCUUGGCAGAUGGAAUGCUGGAAUUGGCUCUAAACGAUGGAAAAGUCACAGCGCACAUUAACGUCACUCAGCAGAAAAACAUGCGCGUGGACAUUGCAUCAGGUUCUGGUCUGAAUGAUGGAGAAUGGCAUGAUGUUCGUUUCCUGGCUAAAGAGAAUUUUGCCAUGCUGACCAUUGAUGGGGAUGAAGCAUCAGCAGUGAGAACCACCUCGCCUGUCCAGAUCACAACAGGAAGCACGUACCACUUUGGAGGUUAUUUUUUAAGAACCAGAGCAUCUCCCAUCCAGCGCUCGUUCCAGGGCUGCAUGCAGCUCAUUCAAGUGGACGAUCAGCUGGCUGACCUCACCGCAGUGGAGCAGGGAAGGAUGGGAGCCUUCGAGAACGUCAGCUUGGACAUAUGUGCCAUCAUUGACAGAUGUAUGCCAAACCAAUGUGAACAUGGAGGGCGAUGCAGCCAGACCUGGGAUGGUUUCACAUGCACCUGUGAUGGGACGGGAUACACCGGAGCCACCUGUCACACAUCUGUCUAUGAGCAGUCCUGUGAAGCUUACAAGCAUUUGGGAAGAUCAUCUGAUUCCUACUGGAUUGACCCAGAUGGAAGCGGACCAUUAGGUCCUUUUAAAGUCAUCUGCAACAUGACAGAGGACAAGGUUUGGACGACUGUGGUGAAUAACCUGCCGGCGCAGACAGCAGUGACUGGCUCCAGCCGGGAGAGACGGACAGUACUGCAGCUGAACUACAGUGCCUCUAUGGAGCAGGUCACAGCUAUAACCAACAGUGCUGAACACUGCGAGCAGCACGUAGCCUAUGCCUGCCGAAUGUCACGCCUACUCAACACACCAGAUGGGACGCCUUACACAUGGUGGGUCGGCCGCGGUAACGAGAAGCACUUUUACUGGGGCGGCUCUGUGCCGGGCAUUCAGAAAUGUGCAUGUGGCAUUGAGCGCAACUGCACCGACUCCAAAUACUACUGCAACUGUGACGCCGACCAGAAGCAGUGGAGGGACGAUUCUGGGCUUCUGGUUUAUAAAGACCACUUACCGGUCAGCCAAGUGGCUGUCGGGGACACAAAUCGACCCGGCUCGGAGGCCAAGCUGACUGUGGGACCUCUCCGUUGCUAUGGAGACCGAAGCUACUGGAACGCAGCGUCAUUCAACACGCCAUCCUCGUACCUGCACUUCUCCACUUUCCAAGGAGAAACGAGUGCUGAUAUCUCAUUUUACUUCAAGACCUCUGCUCCCUAUGGCGUGUUCCUGGAAAACCUUGGAAACACGGAUUUCAUCCGUCUGGAGUUGAAAUCCCCCACGGUGGUGUCGUUUUCAUUCGAUGUAGGAAACGGGCCGGUGGAACUGAACGUGCACUCUCCUACCCCGCUGAACGAUGACCAGUGGCACCGGGUCAGUGCGGAGAGAAACACGAAAGAGGCCAUUCUGCAACUAGACCAAAAAUACAAGGAGGUCAGACCUGCGCCUACACAGGGACACACACGCCUGGAGCUCUACAGCCAGCUUUAUGUGGGGAAGUCAGCUUCAUGGGCCUGUCAGGACAGUGCAGCAGGAGGUCAGAGAGGGUUUCUCGGAUGCAUCCGCUCCCUGAAGAUGAACGGUGUGACCCUUGACUUAGAAGAGAGGGCAAAAGUCACUCCUGGUGUAAAACCUGGCUGUUCGGGUCACUGCACCAGUUUUGGGAUGUAUUGCCGUAACGGCGGCAAGUGUGUGGAGAAAUACAAUGGCUAUUCUUGUGACUGCUCCACCACUGCUUACGAUGGGCCUUUCUGUUCAAAAGAUGUUGGUGGUUUCUUUGAGGCAGGAACACUGGUCAAGUAUAAUCUGGUACCUGAAGUGGUGGCUGCAGCCUCCAGCCUGGAUGAGAAGAGUGUUAUCCACAACCUUCCUGUCGAGACCAACCUGACACGUGAAGACCUGACCUUCAGCUUCAGCACCUCCACUUCUCCCAGCCUUCUAGUCUAUGUCAGCUCAAAAACCCAGGAUUACAUGGCCGUGGUGCUCCGUCACAAUGGUACGCUGCAGCUGCGGUACAACUUGGGUGGUCUCAGAGAACCCUUCAGUAUUGAUAUUGACCAGAGGAACUUGGCCAACGGGCAGCCCCACACCGUCAACAUCUCGCGGGUGGAGAGAGACAUAGAAGUGCAGCUGGAUCAUUAUCCUCCCGUCAGCUACAGCCUGCCAGAAGCCUCAGACACACAGUUCACCCUGGUCAAGUCACUCUUCCUGGGUAAAGUCUUUGAAACCGGGUACAUUGAUCCAGUGAUUAUUGAAAAAUACAACACCCCCGGGUUUGUGGGUUGCCUGUCCAGAGUGCAGUUCAACAGCAUUGCUCCUCUGAAAGCCACUCUCAGGUCCCGUGGUUCUGUUCCUGUCUCUCACCAGGGUAAACUGGUGGAAUCCAACUGCGGAGCUUCACCCCUCACGAUCCCACCCAUGUCUGCUGCAACCGACCCGUGGCACCUAGAUGCAGGUGCUGAUUUCCCCUUCAAUGAAGAAAGAGUGAUACCAGAUGGAGUAAAUAGGAAUUCAGCUAUAAUAGGAGGUAUCAUUGCAGUGGUGAUCUUCACUAAUCUGUGCACGCUGGUGUUUCUGAUCCGGUACAUGUUCCGCCAUAAAGGCACCUACCACACCAACGAGGCCAAGGGGGGAGAGUCAUCAGAGUCAGCCGACGCGGCCAUUAUCGGCACCGAGGCCAAUUUCACAGAGACCAUCGACGAAAGCAAGAAAGAAUGGUUCAUCUAAUGGGGGUGUACAGACUCUUUCAGAAUCUUUUUUUGAGUAUCAGAACUAAUGUUUUGGGAUCAAGCUCAUCACCAGUUUGAGAAACUGUCCUGUACAUAGUGACUGGCUUGUCUCUUUCUAUUGUGUUUUGGCAGAAGUCUUUUAGAUGUGUAAUCUCUGGAUCACAUUAAUAAAUCAUUUCACCAUGUGUUCUUUUUUUUAACAGAAACAUAAUUAUUUGCCAAAAUCCUCUUUUAUGGAAAAUGUUUAUGUACGAUUAAUCAUUUUCUUCACGUGCUUAAUCUUACAAAAAGUCCUUGUGUGGAAAAUGUUUUAGACAGACUGUAAAUGUUAAAUGCUCUAUAUGAAUAUGUUUAUUUAAUUCAUUGCACAAACGACAGAGUUUUAGAUGACAUCAGAUUGUAUAUCAUCAGCGAGGGGAAGGAAAACAAGGCAUGCACCAAGAAUUAUGUCAAAUCGACGCUGUCUGUUUGUAGCUUUCUGCACAGCUAUGCUCAUUUAUUUCUUGUUGAAGCCUUCAGUUUAUUGUUCCUUGCCAAACACCUCUCAGUCUUAAGCAUUUGUUUUGCUGAAGGCAUGUAUCAUGGCAUAAAGAUGUUAUUUUGAGAGAUAAUUUUGUCUGUGAUUCAUUUAUGCAGGCUGUGGUAAAGCAUUGGCAUAGUGGCAUCUAUUUGGCAGAUGAAAACCCAAACAUGUAUCAUCAGCGUUUGUCAUUGCAGAUGAAGAAUGUGGAACCACUGACACCCAAUUUAAUGACUUAAUUCAAGGUGCCUUUAGGAUUCAGCCAGCCGUCUGUGGAGAAUUACUUUGGUUAAAUAGAUAAAAGGAGAAUCCCAACAAAUCAAAUGGCUGUUUGUAUUUAUUUGAUAUAUUUGACUGAGAAGAAAGCAGACCCAAUGUUUAUGAGUUUAGCAGUGUUUGGAACAGCAAUGUCAUAUCAUUUUUUUGCACUGUGUAUUUUGUCAAAUUACUUUCGACAUUUUUUAAGUAUUAUUUACUUUUUUGAAUAAAAUAUCAAAUAAAACGUAAUUUACAUACAGAUUAUCCAUUCUCUCAGAGGCUGGUUCACAGAAUGAUUUUAGACAACUGAUGUCGGCCAAUGUGAUGUAUUUAUUUGUUAUAAAUAUCUAGGUUUAGAAUUAUGACACAUCCGCCAUUCAUUGGAGUAAUUCUGAGUCUGAUCUGAAUAGUUUAUCAUUCUCUUAUAGGGAUAUCAAGCUAAAUUUGAUCGUUGUUUCAUCAGCUCUGUUAUUUAUGUGGUUUUGCAAAAAAGUAGAUAAGUAUCUUAAUAUUAUUUUUGAAAGGUGUAUGGGUAAUGAUAUAUGUUUGGAAGGGUUUGUGUUCACAAUCACAUCUCAGACUAUAACCAUGUUAAUUUAGUUAAAUAUUUCUCAGAUUGACAUUUUGGAGCGUAUAAUGAGGGAUUCAUGAGAAUGUACAAGAGUCUUGAUGAGUUACACUUUCAUAUUCUAAUAUCAAUUUCUUCACCCCUCAUUUACAUUGAAAAUAUAAACAUUGU